UCAUGUGACAAACCAGGAAGCGCUUCAUCGGGAAACGCAACUUAAAAUACACGAUAGUUGACUUUUGAAGAGGAUUUCAUGCACUUUCUGUAAAGACAGCAAACCUACACUAUGACGCAGCGUGUUAACGUUUUUAUUUGCGUUAGUCUGUGUUUGUUUGCCGGAGUUUUGUCGUUGUUUUCUCCUGUAACGGAGCUCUCUGUGAGUCUGAACGGCAAAUGGAGGCUGUCAAACUCCAACGGGUCGCUGCUGCUGCCUGCACAGGUUCCCGGCUGUGUCCAUUCAGCCCUCCAGCAGCAGGGAUUCAUCCUGGACCCUUAUUUCAGGUUUAACGAUUUGUCUUAUCGGUGGAUUUCGCUUGACAACUGGACGUAUACGACCACGUUUACUGUUGCUCCUCAGAUGCGAGUCAAACAGAAGGUCCUUCUCGUCUUUGACGGUGUCGACACCGUUGCGUCGGUUUCUCUGAAUGGGAUCACAGUGGGAAAGACGGACAACAUGUUCCGUAGAUAUGAUUUCCCAGUGAGAGACCUGCUGAAGGACGGAGAUAAUGUGCUGGAGGUUAGUUUCAUGUCUCCGGUUGUUUAUGCGUCUGAGCGAAGGAAAGCUUCGUCCUACACGGUUCCUCCUGAGUGUCCUCCGGAUGUCCAGAAGGGCGAAUGUCACGUCAAUUUCAUUAGGAAAGAACAGAGCUCCUUCAGUUGGGACUGGGGUCCUUCAUUCCCCACCCUGGGUCUGUUUAAAGGAGUCCAGCUGGAGGCGUUUGAUAUUCUGCAGCUCGUCCAGGUUUCCUCUGUUCCUCUCUACAAUUCCAGUGAUUCUCACUGGAAGCUGCAGGUUGAGCUUCAUGUUGAUGCAGUUCAGACAGCAAGUGGACAAGUGACGAUCUCCAUCCCUGAGCUGGACUCAGAACAAACCUUCCAGACACAGUUUCUUCCAGGAAAAACCAAGAACAGCUUCACCUUAAACAUCAACACGAGCAGUCAGGUGAAGCUGUGGUGGCCCAGCGGACACGGUGACCAACACUUUUACCGUCUUGCUGUCAAAGGAUUUCAGGACGGAUUCUUAGUCCUCAAUGCGGAGUCUAAGGUGUACUUUCGAACGGUGGAACUGGUCCAGGAGCCGGUGGCUGGUUCUCCAGGGCUGAGCUUUUAUUUCCGCAUCAAUGGGAAACCAAUUUUCCUGAAAGGCUCCAACUGGAUCCCGGCCCACUCCUUCCAGGACCGAGUCACCCCUGCUGUCUUGAGGAACUUGUUGCAGUCGGCAGUCGAUGCGAACAUGAACGCCCUCAGAGUUUGGGGAGGAGGAGUUUACGAACAGGAUGUGUUCUACGACAUCUGUGAUGAGAUGGGGAUCAUGGUUUGGCAGGACUUCAUGUUCGCUUGUGCCAUGUAUCCCACUGAGGACGACUUUAUACAGACGGUGAGGGAAGAGGUCGUCCAACAGGUUCACCGUCUGAAGUCCCACCCCUCUAUUAUAAUUUGGAGCGGCAACAAUGAAAACGAAGCCGCUUUAGCAACUGCCUGGUUCAACAUCACGGUUGCUGAGAGGCAAAGGUUCCUAAAAGACUACGUGACGCUUUAUGUGGACAACAUUAGGAAGAUCGUGCAAGAGGAGGACCAGAGUCGCCCUUUUAUCGUCUCCAGUCCGACCAACGGGGCUGAAUCGGAGCAGGAAGGUUGGGUGGCAGCGAAUCCUUCCGAUCCUCGCUACGGAGACGUUCACUUCUACAGCUACACCCUCGACUGCUGGGACUGGAGGACUUUCCCUCGGGCACGAUUCACCUCCGAAUAUGGCUUCCAGUCCUGGCCGUCCUUCUCCACCCUGCAGCCGGUUUCCAUCAAAGAAGACUGGAGCUACGACAGUAAAUUCACGUCUCACCGUCAACACCAUGACAGUGGAAACCAGCAGAUGUUGCUGCAGGCUGCUCUUCACUUCAAGCUGCCCAACUCCACGGAUCCUCUGAAGAGAUUUACAGACACUUUGUACAUCACUCAGGUGAUGCAGGCUCAGUGUGUGAAGACACAGACGGAGUUUUAUCGUCGGAGUCGGAGUGAAAUAAUCGGAGGUUUAGGUCAGACUAUGGGCGCUCUGUACUGGCAGCUCAAUGACAUCUGGCAGGCGCCUUCCUGGUCGUCGAUUGAGUUUGGUGGAAAGUGGAAAAUGCUGCAUUAUUUUGCACAGAGCUUCUUCUCCGCCGUCUUGCCUGUCGGGUUUGAAGAAGAUGAAACGCUGCUGAUCUACGCCGUCUCAGACCUGAGUAACGACCUGAAGCUCAGAGCAGUGGUGACCGUGUACUCCUGGUCUGAUCUGGAUCCCGUCUGCUCGCUGACGUCCGACCUGCAGCUGGUCCCUGAAGGCAGCGCUGUUCCUGUUUUUAAGCAGCGUGUCGCCGCCCUGCUGGCCGGAUGUGGACGCUGCAGCCGCCUCACCUGCCUGCUCACCUUCCACCUGGAGGACGACGGCGGCCGCCAGCAGGGUCCCACCAACCACCACUUCCUGAGCUCACCCAAAGACGCCGAGGGCCUGCAGACGGCCAACAUUACUGCGAAGGUGCAGCAGGACGAGUCCGGCUUCUCCAUCACUCUUCACUCUUCUUCCGUGGCUCCUUUCGUUUGGCUCGACGUGGGAAACGUUCCCGGACGUUUCAGCUCCAACGGCUUCCUGAUGGUUUCCAGGAACCGGACGGUCGGAUUCAGCGCCUGGCGUCCGACCAGCGUCGCCGAACUCUCCUCAUCCCUCACCGUCACGUCUUUAACGGACGUGUACUGACCUGAGAGCAGCCGGGAAGUUUAACCGGAGAAGUAACGGAUGAGCUGAGCAGGCUGUGGUCUCCUCAAUGUGUCUUAAGUUUGUUGGAUAUUUGAGUGACUGGAAGGUAUUUUUUUGAUACUUUGUACCAAUUUUCUAAAUGUGUGAACUCCCGUUAGAACAGAGAAACCUGCAAAAUAGCAAUUAUUCCAACAAAAAAUGUGAUUUUGCUACUUUUUACAGCUGUUCAAUCACUGGCAGGAAAUCUGUGGGACACAACAUUAAUUCACAUAAAAACCAUUAAAGAAUGAAACAGAAGCAAUGUUUUUAUCAAUGUUUACAGGAUGACCUGGACAAAUUUAGCCUGAAUUAAGGCCUCGAAAUCUCCUACAUAUUAGAUUUAUUCACUUAACUGAAUCUAACUGAAUUUGCUGCCUUUUACAGCUGUAUUCAAUCACUAGCUUCAAAUCUGUGGGACACAAAGCGUUAAUUCACACAAAAACCAUUACAGAAUGAAACAAAUACUGUUUUUUAUCUGGGUUUAAAGGAUGAAUUGGACAUAAUUAGCUGGUUUGGGAACUUGAAAUCUCCCACAUAUUUGAUUUAUUUACCUAAUUGAAUGUACAAAUAACUAAUUAAUUAUUAUUAAGUUCUGCCAAUGUCUGCUGUUUAAUAAAGUUCCAGUUCUGACAAUCAACACGGUCAAAAACAAUGAUUUUUUUCUUUUGCCCGCUUUGCUUUUUGCACGUUAUUGUCCCAGUUUAUUACCAGAGCAAAGACUGUAAUACUUGACAUUAUGGAUGUUUGUAUGAAUUUGUACUUAAUUUAUGUUGAUUUGUAAAGCUUUCUGUUAUACAUAAAUGUGAAAAUAAAGGUGUUAUGUGAAAUUGGUAUAAUAAAAAAGUGUUAUUGGG